AUGGUGCAGACAAGGUCUCAAGCCAGGUCCGGGGCUGUUGCGCCCACCGGACAAGCUAACACCAGUACUGGGCACCAGAACGUUGGAACGCAGAAGCAAGCAGGGAGCAAGGCAUUAGCGAAAAAUCAACCGCAAACGAAAGUCCCAGUCAAGAGUCAACCCAAAGCCAAGAAUUCAGGGAAGAUUGGGUCGAAACGCAAGGCUCCAGUAAGAGCUCAAGCUCAACCCCAAACACCAGCGAGUAGUCCACCAAAGUCGAAGACGCCGGAGAACAGUGAGAAUAGAGCCCCAGCUGCUGCGAAUGGCGUGGCCGGGCCGCGAGGGUCACCGUUGAACCCUCCUGCUGGAACCCCGAGAAAUGGUCCGACUCCUAGCCCGACAUCGGACGGACCCGAAUUCAACAGUCCUCUAAGGGCGCCAACGGACGCCAUCAUCGCAGCCAGGUCAGAGGUGAAGUCGAAUGUAGGGGGAGGGUUCAAAAAUCCAGGCCGUCUUUGCUAUCGGAAUGCCACCAUCGUCAUGCUACUGCACAGCAACAGAUUCAUGUCCUGGAUUGAACACCGGCACAUUCCCAAUCUGAAGGCCGCUGGGUUGAGGAUCAAACCUUACAGCAAACCUCUCAUCGACGCAUUGCUUGAUGUGCCAGCUGGCGACGGACAAACAGGCGACAAGACCACAGUAGCAUUGCCCAUCGACUACACCGAUGUCCUGUGCGAACUGUUUGAAUUGAGCAGAGCGUACUGGGAUGAAAGACAAGCUCAACCAGAGACUCUCAACAUUGCAAUGGGCUUCUUCUGGGACUACGCAACCAGCCCGCGCCGCGACAAGGAAAUGAAAACAGAAACAUAUGCCCUGGAGGAUCGAUUCACAACCAAAAUGAGGGAAGCCGCAGAAGAUCAGUGCGCCUCUGAGUUCCUGGGCUGGUUGAUCACCCUCAGUAUCGAGCAGCUUAAAUACUUCACCGAGAAGAGGGUCAAUCAGCGUGAGAGCAGACUGGACCAAGCGACCCUGGACAAGAUUGUGGGCUUGGGCCAUGUCACAAUAUCAGAGUUAUUGCAAAUCACCCAAACACAACGCGCCCGGUGUAUGCAGUGCGGUUCCAUCCGCAAAGUGAAGACGCGAUUCUCACGCCUCGAUGAGCAGACAAUACUGUCCCUCCAGUUGCCCGCCACGGCCAACAGCCAAGUGCCAGUGACGUUGGAAGACUGCUUCACGAAAAACUCGGAGGAUGACUUUGAGUGGCGUUGCAGCACCUGUAGCAACGGCACAACAGCAUAUAAUCCAGACAAUGGCAAUGGAGCCAAGAAGAAUAUCUGGAGGAAGAUCUACUCUGCUCCCGAGGUCUUGUUUCUGCAGCUGGCGCGCUUCAAGAUUCGACUCGGGGAGGACGGUAGCGUGGAGCUAGACAGAGCAGGCAACAUCAAGUGGGGGAAGGACGCCACCAAGGUGACGAUCCCAGAGGAGCUGGACUUGACUCCAUUCCUUGAGAGGCGAGGGGAGCCCGCCGACAUCUCGGCCAAGUAUCGGCUAGAAGGCAUCGUCAGCCACUUUGGUGGCAAAGACGAGGGCCACUAUAUCGCCUACGUCCACCGCAGAGACAGCUGGUACGUGUUUGACGAUUCCAGCGAGGUCCGAAAGAUUUCUUUUCAAGCCGUUGUCGACCAGUUUGAUGGUUUCACGCCCUAUGUGUUGCUGUAUGAAAGGAUCCCUGACGCCAAACAUGACGCCGCUGGCCGUGAACGCGAAACACUCUCCGUGAGCAGUACUGGUAAUGCUAGUAGUGCUGCCGGUGGUGCUGGAGACAACGCCAGUGCGGGAGACACCAGCGUUGAGCCGGACGACGACGACAACAACAGCAACAACGCCACCAAUGAAGAUGGCGGCAGCCCGAACAGAGGUAGUCAAGCUCGUUCCAAUGGCGCAAACGAUGUGUCCAAGUCUACAACCGCCCAGCUCAAGCUUGCCACAGCAAACGGCCAACGUCCAGGUCCCGGACAGUUGUCCAUCAACAUCACGACGGGUUUCGGCCGCUACAAGAUCUUGCUCCCAACGCUCGUGCUGGAAAACUAUGUGCCUGACUCCCACGGCAAGAAUGACGCCUACGUCAAAGUGCGUCUGGAGGACUCCUUGGGCCAACGGACAGAGGUUGAAGGGAUUGGCUCGUUCGAGAGACCUGGCCCUGACAGCACUGGAGACGGCGAAGACGCCUCUUCUAUCAUGUUGAACCCAAAUUUCGCGCCUGGACAGACGCCUGUUGCAUCAGUGGAAAUCAUAUCUGACGACCAACACCAACGCACCCCCCGGACACCAUCCAACAGGUCUCUAUUCAAUGGAUCUUCGAGCGGUGACACUGAGUUGGACCCUGCGCUUCUGCCAGACGUCCCUGACCACAGUCCCAGCCAACACCGCCCUCGCCGGACCCACGGUGCUGGAUCGGGCGAACGCCAGAACCGCAGUGAUGGAUCCUCGGGGGAUUCCAAACGGUCGCCGUCAUCCCUGGACAACGGCGCGCCCUUCCUCUACCAGACGCCGACCGUACAAACCAAGCUGCGCCAGAUCUUCACCCACAUGGAGAAUUACUACGAGGACACGAUCAAGCGCCACCUGCACGCGGGCGUCGUCCCCAUCUACCAGGCCGAGAUCGUGGCCCUCAACGGCAAGAUUGCAGAGUACGAGCGCCUGUUGGGGGAGAACGCCGACGACGCCGAGGAGCAGCUCUUCUACUGGAGGGCCCGCGAGGCCGGCUUGCUGGAGACGCACCAGAAGCACCUGCUCUGGAUCGCCGACUUGCAGGAGCAGAACCGCGCCCUCCGCGCACAGUACGCGUGGCAACAUUACAACCCGACGGGACCUGGGGCCGGCCUCGGCAUACGUGGCGUUGAGACAGUGCAGCCGGUGGUUCCAGAAACAGUGAGGACAGGAGCAAGACAGAAGAGGCCCCUCGGUCAGACCAACGAGAGUCACCAGGAGUCGGUUUUCGACGAUCGUGCGGUGUGGCCCAGGACCCCCAAGCGAGUCAAGUUCAGCAACAACAGUAGCGUGGCCGGCCAAGUGGGAGACGCGACACAUUUGCAGGAAGAUAUCGACUACGACUCGCGUGAGCUAACCGAGUUGCACUACGACUCGGCUGGGGGCCGGCUCUAUGACGACUCCGAGGACGGCGGGGACGUUGUCAAGGCCGAGAAGUUGCAUGAUGUGUUUAGGCCGGAGCCAGAGCCUGAGGAGGACGAAGAGGAGGAUGAUGAUUACGAGGAGGACGAGGACGAAGAUGACGAUGACGAGGAUGAAGAUGACGAGGAUGAUUACGAGGAGGAUGACGACGAUGUCAAAGACACCCACCACCCCCUCAACCCCACGGCCGUGAAAGAAGAAAGCCCUCUCCCAGACUAUGAGGACAUGGUCCCCGAGGACGAACGGUACGACGCCUCGACCGAAACGUCGCCCACGCCGUGGCUGUACCAGAAAAUCUCCAGCGGGCGCCGGGUGCCCAUGGUGCACCUGUUGCGCCGGUUCCCAUCGACGCCCACACGCGUGGUCGGGCCACGACAAGCCACGCCAGCAACGGCGGCACGGACGAGACCCAGUCCGCUCCAGAUCCGACACAGUCCGGCCCAGGGCCGCGUGGACGGUCGCGUGCGCAGCAGUCCUCACCACUACCAGACGAGCAGACGUCGUGAGCGGAAUACAUGGUCGGUCGAUUUCGACGAGGAUGGCGUUCCGCGAUAUUACAGGGUGUGA